AUGGUUGGCGAAGAUUGGGGCUUGAUUGUACUAUCAUUUCUUGUAAGGGUUGGAUUUUUCCUUUUCGGUAUUUACCAAGACGCCAAUUUUAAAGUGAGGUAUACCGAUAUUGAUUAUUUUGUGUUUCAUGAUGCCGCCAAAUAUGUAUAUGAGGGCAAAUCACCUUAUGCGAGAGAUACGUACCGUUAUACGCCUCUAUUAAGUUGGUUGCUGGUGCCCAAUCAUUAUUUUGGAUGGUUCCAUUUGGGGAAGAUCAUAUUCGUUAUUUUCGAUUUGAUUACUGGGUUCUUAAUUAUGAAGCUUUUGAACCAAGCCAUCUCCAAGAAGAGAGCUCUGAUGCUAGAGAGCAUUUGGCUAUUGAAUCCAAUGGUUAUUACGAUCAGUACAAGAGGAAACGCGGAAAGCGUAUUGUGCUGCUUGAUUAUGCUUGCACUUUAUUAUUUGCAAAAGGGCAAAUAUACCAUGGCAGGUCUCUUAUAUGGCCUUUCCAUUCAUUUCAAGAUAUACCCGAUAAUAUACUGCAUCCCGAUGGCGAUAUUUAUAUACCAUAGAAUGCGUAAGGAAGGUCCACGAGCACAAUUGACGGCUUUACUUAAUAUUGGUGUAAGCACGCUAGUGCCUUUGUUGGGAUGCGGAUGGGCAAUGUACAAGAUGUAUGGGUACGAAUUCUUGGACCAGUCAUACUUGUAUCAUUUGUACAGGACAGACCAUAGACAUAAUUUCUCAAUAUGGAACAUGCUAUUAUAUUUGGAUUCUGCGAACAAGGGGAAUGGCGGGUCCAAUUUAUCGAAGUAUGCAUUCGUACCUCAAUUGCUGCUCGUAUUGGUAACCGGGUGUUUUGAGUGGUGGAAUCCCACAUUCGAUAAUCUACUGAGUGUUCUAUUUGUGCAGACGUUUGCCUUUGUGGCGUACAAUAAGGUUUGUACAUCACAGUAUUUUGUAUGGUACUUGAUAUUUUUACCAUUUUACCUGUCAAGAUCACAUAUCAGCUGGAGAAGGGGCAUUCUGAUGGUCACGCUCUGGGCAGUGACACAGGGCAUUUGGCUAAGUCAAGGGUACUAUUUAGAAUUUGAAGGCAAGAACGUAUUUUAUCCUGGAGUCUUCGUAGCGAGCGCUCUGUUUUUCCUGACCAACGUGUGGCUGUUAGGCGGGUUUAUCACUGACCUCAAGACACCGGUGCCACUCGCAACGGCCGGUAAGAAGAACAAUUGA